AUUCGAGAGACGCUGACGUCGAAUAGCGGAGAGAAACGCCUGGGACGUUAUGUCGGACAACUCGAUAUUGAAAGAAACGGAUCGUCGGGACAUUCGUAAAGACUAUAACUUCAAAGAGCUGCUUGGCACCGGUGCUUUCUCCGAAGUUCAUCUUGUCGAAGAGAAAACUGAAAAUCCUAAUGGAAAACAGGCUGCCGUUAAAGUUAUUGAUAAGAAGGGAAUUAGGGGAAAAGAAGAAUCCUUAGAGAAUGAAAUUCAGGUUCUUCGUAGACUGAAACAUCCAAAUAUUGUACAACUUUUCGACGUCUACGAAGACGCUAAACGUGUUUAUUUAGUCAUGGAACUCGUCACUGGUGGAGAGCUGUUUGAUAGAAUAGUUGAAAAGGGCUCCUACACAGAAAAAGACGCCAGCAACCUCAUUCGGCAGGUGUUGGAGGCAGUUGAUUUUAUGCAUUCUAUGGGAAUAGUUCAUAGGGAUUUAAAGCCAGAAAAUCUACUAUACGAGAGUAAAGCUGAAAAUUCAAAGAUUAUGAUUAGCGAUUUCGGAUUAUCCAAAUCCGAAGAAUCUGGUAAUAUGGCCACAGCUUGCGGUACUCCCGGCUACGUAGCGCCAGAGGUACUUGCGCAAAGACCGUAUGGGAAAGAGGUGGAUGUGUGGAGUAUCGGUGUAAUUUCCUAUAUUUUAUUAUGCGGUUACCCGCCAUUUUAUGAUGAAAAUGAUGCUGAGCUAUUUAGGCAGAUUUUAAAAGCCGAAUACGAGUUUGAUUCUCCCUAUUGGGACCAGAUAUCCGAUUCUGCAAAAGAUUUCAUAAAACAUUUAAUGUGCAAAGAACCGAAACAAAGAUAUACUUGUCAGGAGGCUUUGGCACACCCUUGGAUAUCCGGCAAUGCGGCACCGGAAAAAGAUAUUCACGCUACCGACUACUGUCACCGUGUUGCCAUAGCACAUGAAGGUUGCUGUAUCAACAUAGACAUGGGAUCUGCUAAUAAACUGUACGAUUUUAUUCGAGCGUUCGUUUUUGAUAAGACAACCGAGAGAGUAUCGAUUUGGCCUAAAACGGAUAGUAUUGCUAUCAAACAUGAACAUGUCGAUCAAAAUAGGGGCUGUAUAUUGCUAGCAGUGUUCUGGGCUAAUGUUCUGCAGCAUCCACGCAAUUUUCCAGUUGUUAGAUUUAAAUACCGACAAAUUAGGGAUAAACAGAAUGAAUUGCACAGGUUGAUAUUGGAAACCAACCUUUUUACGGCUUCCGUUUAUAUGGUUUCCGGAGACAUCAUUUUCACAGGUCAUCAAGUUUAUAAAUGGUUUACAGAGGAUUUUCAGAAUGUGCUACUUCAUUACGAUCCUAAUUACGAUAUUUUUAAGCCGCCUCCUCCAUGCCGUUAUGAAGAUUGUCAUUAUAAGAAAGACGUGGAAACAACGACUUUUAGGGACAGUAAUUCAAUUGAGUCAUACAUAUUGGACGACCACUUCCGCCAUCGAUUAGAGCAUCUGGAACAGAAUGAAACGCAUCGACGAAUGGAACAUUUUACGCAUGAUGUGAGUAACACUAUAGAUAUUCUCACACGCGAACUCGACGAGGCAUCUUUGGAUAAAAUAAACGGUGGUGGAGGUAACUACGACAGCCUAACGAUAAUAAAUAAUGUUUGGAAGAUGCUCCUAAGCAAAUGGACGCUCGAGGGUCGGGCAAUUACAAUAUCUACUUCCAGAAUGGACUCAACAAGAUUACAGGAUGUCAUGGACAAAGCGCUUAAAAAUUCAGGCAACAUUAACGCCAUCUACAUUAGUAAUGAGAAUAACAAAGAUGACCUACGCAAAUUUUCUAAUACUAAACUUUUGGCCCUUUCAAAGUACUCUAGCAACGAGCAAGUCCUUCUAGAAUACAAUGUUUUAAGAAAAAUUCGCCACCCGCCUAACAGAUUUGCUUCUUCAUUCGUCGCUGCUCAAUCUAACACGGACGAAGAAGUAUUACUUUUCGUUACUUCAGUCUCCUUUGAUGAAGAUUUAGACAAGCACAUUCUCCAUUAUGCCGAAAUGAAGACAAUUUCUGAGUCCGAUUAUCAUAAAUUAUAUCUCAAUCCCAUUAUGAAUAAUUAG